AUGAAGUUUUUCGUUCCUGCUCUUCUGGUUGCCGCAGCGAUUUCCCAUCAUUCCAUUGCUUGCACCACUGACGAUGACUGUAAUCUCAACGGAUGGACAGCUUCUGAUUGCGGCCAGUUAGAUCUUCGUCCAGCAACAAGGUACACUGGCUACAAUCGGACGGCUGAAGGAAUCUCGUCAUGGGGCGCCAAGAUUAUACAUGACCCAUUUGACUCCAAGACAUUUCACCUGUUCAUGGCAGAAUUUGUGAAUGGAUGCGGGUUGAACUAUUGGAGUCCAUAUAGUAGAGUGAUCCGGUCAACAUCUUCAACUGGUCCCGAGGGUCCCUAUCAUUUCGAUGGGGAAGUCGUGGGAACAUUCGCACAUAAUCCUACCGUCGUGUACAGUGAAGCGGACCAAUUGUACAUCCUCAUUCACAUUGGAUGUCCUGUCACAGUGGUGCCUGAAGGCUGCUCAUCAACUGCACCAUUUAGCUGUGGACCAGGCAACACAUAUGCUGGGGACAGCGGAAUCAGUGCUUGGUCAUCCACGGAUUUGAGAAACUGGACGUCUCAUGGCCAGGUGAUGCCAGGAAAUGCGAACGGAACGUGGGAUUCGGAUACCACAAACCCGUCACCAUUCCCCCUCUGGUCUGCUAAUGAUCAUACUGAUCAGAUGCUCAUGGCAUACCGCGGUUGCAUCUGGAAUUGUGCCAAUGGUCUUGAACAUAUCGGUAUAGCAGUGGCCUCUAACUUCACUGGGCCUUAUACGCGUGCUCAUGGCCAACCUAUCAUCACCGAAAAUACAGAAGACCCCUUCUUAUGGCGGGAUAAACGAGGAAACUUCCACAUGCUCGUUCACUCGCUUGAUUCCGGUGACGGACUCGGCCACGGUCCUAAUGUUGGUUAUCAUGCAUAUGCGCGCAAUUGGGAUGGAGAAUGGACUUAUAACAAUAAUACGCUGGCUUAUAGCACUUAUGUCUCAUUCACUGAUGGCACGGCAACGAACUACUCUCGAAGGGAGAGGCCACAGCUGUUCUUUAGCGAAGAUGGGAAUCAGACGCCUCUGUUUAUUGCUAAUGGUGUCCAGGAGGUGGAUUCUCCGCAGAGUUAUACUAUCGUGCAACCUAUCGGGGAUGGAGCGAAGGAGUACAUCAAGUCACUAGGGUUUUAGAGAUUCAAUUGUAAAACACAAUUGCAUGUGGAAUUCGUCUUUUAUCUAAGCAUAUUAGAAUGCACCUCAGUCUAGACCUGGUCUUCUAGCACCCUUUCUAGGUAGAGAAGC